AUGAAAAUGGAGACUGCUGAACUUACACAAGCAAACAUUGAUUUAACAAGAUCAUUAUACAUGCCAGUAGCAAACAGGGCACAAAUAUUGUUCUUUUGUAUUGCCGAUCUCCGGCAUAUCGAUAUUAUGUAUCAAUAUUCUCUGGAAUGGUUCGUCAUUAUACUCAAUAAUAGCAUAUCAAAUACUGAACAAAGCAAUAAUAUUAAUAAACGGAUUGUGGACAUUAUCAAGAACUUCACGUUUGCUCUCUUCGCGAGUGUUUGUCGUAGUUUAUUCGAAAAACACAAACUGCACUUUGCUUUUCUCGUCAGCGCACGUAUUCUUUUGGACAAUGGUACAAUCGAUCCGAUGGAAUGGCGACACUUUCUUACAACAACUACACCAAUAGGGGAAUUGCCAAAUCCCGAAUCAGAAUGGAUUACUCCGCGAUGCUGGCAGGAAAUUCAAGCUUUAAAACGGCUUCCAAAGUUCGACAAAUUCAUCACAUCUUUCCAGCUAUCGUUAUCCCAAUUUAAAAACAUAUUCGAUACCCAGGAAGCACAUUUAGCACCGUUUCCUCAGCCAUGGGAGACAACACUCGACGAUUUUGAAAAGUUACUGGUACUCAAGUGCUUACGGCCUGACAAACUCACCAAUGCUAUGCAAAUGUAUUUGACAAAAUAUCUGGGUGAACAAUUCGUCGAACCUCAGACCACAGAAUUAUUAGCAAUUUAUGAGGAAUCGUCAAACAUCACGCCAAUUGUCUUUAUCUUAUCGCCUGGUACUGAUCCGGCCGCAGAAUUAUAUAAGUUCGCUGACAAGUUAAAAAUGGACGAGAAGUUGUACUCGAUAUCUCUUGGUCAGGGUCAGGAGCUCAAGGCACAAGUCAUGCUGAGAGAAUCAGCGGAGACGGGUUCUUGGCUCUUUUUUCAAAAUUGCCAUUUGGCACCAAGUUGGAUGCCAAAACUUGAAUUUCUUAUCGAAAUGUUGCCAGAAAAUACUCAUCGAAACUUUCGGUUGUGGUUGACAUCUGCACCAUCGCCCGACUUUCCAAUUAGUAUUCUUCAAAAUAGCAGUAAAAUGACGAUUGAAUCACCGUGGGGUAUAAAGGCCAACAUGUUACGUGCAUAUCUGACACAAGUCACAGAAAUGUACGAGUUUCUGCAACCCGAUCACCUGAAAGCUCUGUCAUUCAAGCGGCUUAUAUUCUCACUUUGCAUGUUUCACUCAAUUCUGAUCGAGAGACGGAAAUUUGGUCCCCUCGGUUUCAAUAUAUCCUACGAUUUCACAAACGGGGAUUUGGCUAUAUGCUUGUCGCAAUUGUACAUGUUUCUCAUGGAAUACGAUACUUUGCCAUUUAAGAUUCUCAUAUAUACCGCCGGGCAUAUUAAUUAUGGUGGACGAAUAACAGAUGAUUGGGAUCGCCGAUGUGUUCUGACACUUCUCGAAGACUAUUAUAAUGCUAAAGUUGUCUCCUCAGAUUAUCAAUUUGAUGAACAGGGGAUUUAUCAUCAGUUACCGGCUGCAGCGUCAUUCAACGAUUAUCUAGACUACAUAAAAGGUUUCCCUUUAAACGUCGAUCCGUCACUGUUUGGCAUGCAUUCAAACGCCGAUAUAAGCUAUGCGCAAGCAGAAGCAUAUACUUGCCUCGCAACUUUAUUAAACAUGCAACCCAGAGAACUUGGCGUUGCAGCCGCAAGUGUCGAAGAGGUAACAAGUCAAAUAACCAAGAAUAUGUUGGCUACAAUACCCGGAUCCUUUGAUUUAAUCGCAAUGCAAGCGAGGUACCCUUUACUUUACGAGGAAUCCUUUAAUACCGUGUUACUACAAGAGGCCAAACGAUAUAACGAUUUACUCGAAAUCAUGCAAUCAACGUUGCAAGAUCUUUUAAAAGCUUUAAGUGGUUUGGUCGUCAUGUCGGAACAUCUCGAAAUGAUGGCUACCAAUCUUUUUAACAAUAAAAUACCCGCGAAUUGGCAAAGCAAAAGUUACCCUUCACUAAAACCUUUAGCCGGAUGGUUUGCCGAUUUAAAGGAAAGAAUUGCAUUUAUAAGCAAUUGGCGAGAUCAAGGUAUACCAUCUGCAUUUUGGCUCUCGGGCUUUUAUUUCCCUCAAGCCUUUCUAACUGGCACGCUACAAAAUUUCGCACGCAAACACAUAGUAUCCAUUGACACAAUCGAUUUUAGCUACAAGGUUUUAUCUUCGAAACCAACACAGAGACCGUCGAAUGGCUGUGUCAUUUACGGACUUUUUCUGGAGGGGUGCCGGUGGGACGGAAACUAUCUCGUUGAGUCUUUACCAAAGGAAUUAUUCACCGACAUGCCGCCGAUUCUCCUGUUACCAGAAAUUCAUCACAUAACUCCGCCUCACGGAGUUUACGUAUGUCCUGUAUACAAAACCAUCGAGCGAUCAGGAACUUUAAGUACAACCGGACAUUCCACGAAUUUUGUUCUCGCGACGGAAAUUCCAAUUAACAGGCCGCAAUCACAUUGGAUUAAAAGAGGGGUGGCGUUAAUAUGUUCUUUGAACUAUUAAAGUUUCUCUAUCACUGUAUACCAACGUUUCAUAAUUGAUGAUUGUUAAAGUUAUAGUAACUUUAUUUACAUGCAUUAUUGACACUAUAAUAUUAUAUUAUAAUAAUUA